GGCAGAAGGAACGUUUUAUCCUUAGUCGCCAUUGGCUGAUGGAUUCAAACAGGUGUUUCCCGCUUCAGUGAGGAGCGCUGUGAUUGGCUGUGGCUGCCCUUCCUUUGUGGUGAUGCAGAUUUGUCAGUAUCCGGUUUACGGCUUUUCUUAGGAUUUUUUUUUUCUUUUGUUUAUUUCUUUAGUUGUUUUGGUUUAUUAAUUGGAGAAGGCGGAGAGGAAACGUGAACCGGAGCCGUGAGCCUGACGUGAGGAGGAACAGAGGGAUCCCGGGCCGAGCCGUCGUCGUGUUCAGUGCGGCCUCCCCGUCUCGUCCUGUGGGCGGAUUGUGUAACACGAGAGAAGGAAAAAAUUCGCGACGGGCGGGCGCCGGACGCAAAGUGCGGAAAUAGGAUCCGUCCAGGAGGGAAGACAGCGCGACACCGAGAGGUCUACAGACUGACUGCGCGGUACCGCAACCUGUGUGACCCUCACCCGAGCCCCGUCUGUACUCAGUGACUGCCGGCCGGAAGAUGGCCUCGGCUCUGUACGCCUGCACCAAGUGUAACCAGCGGUACCCGUUCGAGGAGCUUUCCCAGGGGCAGCAGCUCUGCAAGGAGUGUCGUAUUGCUCAUCCUAUGGUUAAGUGCACAUACUGCAGAUCAGAGUUUCAGCAGGAGAGUAAAACCAACACUAUAUGCAAGAAAUGUGCGCAAAAUGUUAAGCAGUUUGGAACGCCCAAGCCUUGUCAGUACUGUAACAUUAUAGCAGCAUUCAUUGGCACAAAGUGUCAACGUUGCACCAACUCAGAGAAAAAAUAUGGACCUCCACAAACCUGCGAACAAUGCAAACAGCAGUGCGCUUUUGACCGUAAGGAAGAAGGCAGAAGAAAGGUGGAUGGGAAGUUGCUGUGUUGGCUUUGCACACUCUCCUACAAGAGGGUUCUACAGAAGACUAAGGAACAGAGAAAAAGCUUGGGCUCCACCCAUUCUAAUUCUUCAUCCUCUUCCCUUACUGAGAAAGACCAGCAUCACUCUAAACACCAUCAUCAUCAUCAUCACCAUCACCACCGGCAUAGCAGCAGCCACCACAAAAUAAGUAGUCUAAGUCCCGAAGGAGACCAGGGAAUUUGGAAGCAAAGUCAUAAAUCUACUACAACAAUUCAGAAUGAAACUCCAAAGAAAAAGCCCAAAUUGGAAUCCAAGCCAUCAAAUGGAGACAGCAUGUAUUAUUUUAGUAGUUCAAUCAAUCAGUCGACGGACAGUAGUGGGACAGACAACUUUGUCCUUAUCAGUCAAUUAAAAGAAGAAGUUAUGUCGCUGAAAAGGCUCUUGCAGCAGAGAGAUCAGACAAUUCUGGAAAAGGACAAGAAGCUUACUGAACUAAAAGCAGAUUUCCAGUACCAAGAGAAUAAUUUGCGGACAAAGAUGAAUGGCAUGGAAAAGGCUCACAAAGAAUCUGUGGAGCAGUUGCAGGGCAAAAACCGGGAAUUGCUGAAGCAGGUUGCAGCUUUAUCAAAGGGUAAAAAAUUUGACAAAAGUGGCAGCAUCCUGACCUCUCCUUGAGGACCUGACUACUCAGAGGACUCGGUUUAGCUGACUGGUUUAUCCUAUUUUUAUUUUAUUUUAUUUUUUUAAUUUUUCCUGUGAAGCCCUUUUUAAAAUGAUAUAGUAACAAGGGAAAUCUUUUUAGUCUAUGUUUUUAGUAACUUACCGGACUUAUCACCUUUUAAACAGACAAAAACAAACCACUUCAGCUGGCUUGAAGACACCUGGUCAUUUCUGCAAAGGCAACAGCGCGCCUCUCUACAGUAGCGCCAUUUUCAGAAAUGCGUGUACGGCAAUAAAAUAUAGGAAGACAUGCAGCAGCUGGCCUACUGGGCGGCUCACGUUUGUAGUGAGCGCCUAACAUCUGCUGUGACAAAUACAUAACUGCUGUAUUUGUAUCUAGUGAAAUGAGAUUUUUUUUUUUUAUCAAAUAUAUAAUUUUCUUUUUUUUUUUUUUUUUUUUUUUUUGUCUUUUUUACGCUAUGACAAGUUUAUUGCUGGUGCUCAAUCCCCCCCCCCCCCUUUUCGCAGACAAGAUUAAAAUUGUCACUUUGCCAGUUCAGUGUUUUCCACCUUAAUGAACAAAAAAACGGAUUAUCCCAAAAUUAAGUUAUCCGCUCUCCACAGGACUGAUUGAUGGGGUCUGACCACUGGUAGCCCCACCAAUCAGGAGAAUGGAGGGCGAUUGUCCCCCAAAUGAAUGGAGAGCAGCCGUACUGAUGCUUAGCCACCUCUUUAUUUACUGUAUAUGAGAUUUCUAAACAUCGACAAUAGGAAUCAACCUAUUAGCUUUCCCGUGUAUAGGGGAUAACUUUUUUAAUCUUGGGUUAACCCCUUUUAAAAAUAAGUCCUUCUUCUGAAUUAUCCCAUCUAUCCAGAAUCAAAUAAUCUAUUGCAGUGUUUCCCCAAUCGAGGUGCCUCCAGCAGUUGGGAAACUUCAACUCCCAGCAUUCUUGGACAGUCUUCAGCUGGGAGUUGUAGUUUUGCAACAGCUGGAGGCACCUCGAUUGGGGAAACUGAUUAAUAGCAAAGAAUGUUUUAAAAUCUGACGCCAGGGGAUGAUGGUUCAUUACAAGACUUUUUUUUAUUUGCUGAAUGUCCGUCGUUUAACAACAUUUGUAAGUCCAACAUUCUGUGCUGAAUAAUUCUUAAAUCGUGAUCAUAUUUUUAAUGUAUAGCGCUCAGAGCCCAGUUGAAUGGAGUCGUAUACCACGAUUAUUGUAAAAGGGGUAUGUCCACGGCAUAAAGUAAUUAUAGAGUGUAUAAGUAGAGUGUGCCAUUCCUUUGGCCGUGGUGUUCUGACCUCCGAUCCUGAGAAUGAAGUUGCUGCGGUACUGAUUUAGGUGCUGCGGAGUCUUCACUGUUUAUUCUCAGCACAUGGCUGCCUAUGGCCACCCAACUGAAGUGCAGCUGGCCCCAUUCACCUGAAUAGAGAGGUGCUGCAGUUCCUUUUACAACCAUGUGGCUAUGCAGGGUGAGACUGAAUGGACUGCAGCUCUAAAACUAGACCAGUGUUUCCUAACCGGUGUGCCUCCAGCUGUUGCAAAACUACUAUGCCCAUGGUAUGCUGGGAGUUGUAGUUUUGCAGCAGCUAGAGGCACCCUGGUUGGAAAUCAUCAGUCUACUCUAGCUAGA